UACACAGCAGUUGUACUUUACCUUGUCCAAUUAAGCCGUUUCCAUGACCUCCUCUUGUCGCUAUCACUUCUGUAUAAGAACGUCAAGAUGCAGACAUGGCCAAUACUCCUCAUGCACACAGAUGAUUUCAAUGAUCCAGCGACACGAACGGAGUUCAUGAUACGACUCUAUGACUCUAUAGGAGGAGGUCAGGAGGCGAGGUGGUUCGUUGACAGGAUAGAAUGGAUUAAAUUGGAAUGGACCUGGCCGGAGUCGAUCUCGCAUGAUAAGUCCGUUGUACAGCCUGCUUUUGAGCACGCUUGGCCAGGUUACCAUCAGAUGUGUGCCUUCUUCGCCACACAGAUUUUUGACCAUCCGCGACUGAAGGAUGUGACGUAUUAUAUGCGACUCGACACGGAUUCGUACAUCUUUAAACCGCUCUGCUAUGAUCCAGUCGAAUUAUUUCACCAACAUAACAAAACGUAUGCACAUAAUGCUCAAAGAAUGGACCCGGAUUGGGUGACCGUCGGACUUUGGAACUUCGUUGACGACUAUGCACGAACCCACAGUAAAGUCGAACAAAACCUAGAAAAGAAUGGAUGGAAGUGGCCCGCGAAUCGGAAUAGAGAAGAAAUGGGAAAACAUCAGUUCCCAAUUUAUUAUAAUAACUUUGAGAUUGUGAAGGUGGACGCGUUCCGGAGACCAGAUAUUCGUGCCUGGUUCGAUGAGCUGACGAGUGUUCCAGAGAGGUUUUUAAAGUAUCGAUGGGGUGAUGCGCCCUUGCGUUACGCAACAAUCAGUAUGUUCUUUGAUGUAGAGAAAGACGUAGAAGAGUUUUGUGGCAUGGAUUACUGGCAUAACGGUAUACACGGAAACAAAUGUUCCUGC